GUGUGAACAGAUUAGUACCAUGUAUAGUUGCUUUAGGUUAGACAGGUACCUAAGAUAUAGGCGUCAAUUAUUGCAGAGCGAGCCGUAGAUAGACUCUCCAUUAACGCCAUGAUAGGAUUACGGGCUAAGCUGACGCCUGCGCAAGCUUCAGCUAACAGUAGCUGAGGGGACCAGAGGAUAUCUAUCCAAGUACUCCCAACCCCUCUAGUCCAAUUACUGUGAUAUACUUCCCCAUCCAAAUAUCCAAUCUAUCAGAGUCGUUCGUUUGGUCGGUGGUCCGUUCGCCCCCUCGCAUAUCUGUCCCCAUUGCUCAACUACACGAUGAGCAGCCCAGCAGGUGCAGCCUCAGGCGGUGCGUCGCCGGCCGUCCCAUCAGUUCCGACGGGGCCAUUCAUCGACCCGGCGAAAGAGUCUUUGCCCCCUAGAGCCGUACUGCUGGUAACACCCGUCACGAUAUUUUUUAUUUUGGCGAUGCUAUGUAUCGGGCUUCGACUUUGGGCGAAGCGUAUAAAGAAGAUACCGUUCCGGUUGACGGACUACGCUGUCCUCGUUGCUGCCGUCUUUUCUGUUGGGUAUCUCGCUAUCUGCUGGCUAGUUGUUGAACAAGGCGGUGUUGGUUUCCCGCUUGUACGAGUAGCUCCCCCGCAGCGGACACUUACACAAAAGUCCUUUGUCGUAGCUUGGCUCCUGCAAGCAUGGGCCAAUACCUUUGUGCGACUGUCCAUUCUCGACUUCAUCGCGCAGGUCUUUUCCGUGAAGAAGUUUCGCAUGGUAGUCUAUUUCUUCGAGGGAUGCGCGAUCGCGUACCUGGUCGGCUGCACAAUCACCUUCUUCGCGAUCUGCAGGCCCAUAAAGUACAACUGGGAGAUCGGCCCUGCGGCCUUGCAGCACUGCGGCAACCUGAGCUUAAAGUUCCUUCUCAGUUCCAUCUUCAACCUCAUCCUUGACGUGUGCAUCUUGGUCCUCCCAAUGCCUAUGCUAUGGACGCUGCAGUUGAACUCGCGCAAGAAGAUUGCUUUGACUGUAGUCUUCGGACUCGGUAUAUUUGUUUGCUUCGCUACCGCGUGGCGCACAUACAACGUGGUUCACUUUUCCACACCGGAAGCCAAGCUGAACUUCACCAUGACAGUCGUCGAAGACGCGUUAUGGUCCGGCCUCGAGAUCAACCUGGGCAUCAUCAACGCGUGUCUCCCCGUUAUGCCCGCGGCCUUGCAGCGAAUCUUCAAGAUUCCUUUUCUUAGGCUCAUCUCCUUCUCAACGUGGCGACCCGCCAGCGGCUCCGAUGUCUCGGGUAUGAGGCCGACCUGGAUGCGCCUCAGCGGAAACAAGGGCGAGAAGAGCGGAAGCAUCUCCCGCAAGGUCGAGUACUCGGUCGACAUCGAGUCAGCACACCCUAUGGGUAACAUUCCUAUGGAGAAUAUGGGCUCCACGGCAAAACUGGCUGAGAAUCAGUGGCCGAUGCAUCAUCAAUACACUGCCACAAAUCAGUUCCAGCCUAGUGGACAGCCUCAGGGUCUUCAGGAUCAAUAUCAUUAGCAUCAACGAUGAUUAGAUGCAAACUGAUAAAGGGGAAACUGGGAGGUUUAGGUAAUUGGGAGUGGCGAACUGGUUUGGAGCGGGGAUUUCAUUUUAUUGUACAAUACCUACCAUAUAUCCUGUACAUAUACGUCAGAGAGCUACGCAAUAGUUGUCACAGUCAUGUUUUACGUCGGUAACUGCAUUUUACGAAAUUCUACUUUAUUUCCACUUAAAA